AUCUCUUUACACAUUUUUCUUUGUUUGUCUGCGUUAUUGUGCUUCCUGUUUUACAUGAAUUAGACAUCAUGGCAAAUGAUCAUUUCAAGUUUUUCCUUGUUCAUUAACCAAAACAGUGUUUCUCUGUAUGCAGGUCUCAUGAUGCAAACAUAUGAAAUAUUAUCACCAUCCUCAACCUCGCUGGGUUUUCCAAGAUAAGAAAAGAUUUAGAUUGUAACCCUUUCACUGUUCCUUAAAAUCAGCACUUUUCCCCUCAAUCCUAAAUCUGUUGUUUUUCUUCUAUUACAUUGAUGAUUUGCGAUCAAGAUAUACUUUUCAUGUUUUUAAUAAUUCUCUGUCCCUAAUUCCAAUAUAUAUCAGUUGACUGGUGAUAAUAUAAAGCUCUACAAUCAUCAACUGAUUGGAAGUCACUUUAUAGCUGACAUAGACUGUGGUGUUUUGUGAAGUCUCUUUGGGAAACCCUCGUCUCAUGCCGCAUUAGAGGCAACUGCAACAGGAAGUUACGUCAGCGACCAAAAACAAUGUCUAAGCAAGUUUUUAAUUCUGUUUAAUAAUUAGGUAGCUAAAGAUCCAGCCAAAGACAACUAAACUUGGGAAUUAAAUGCAUUUUUAUAUCUCAGAUUUAAUUUAUCUUUUUUUCCCGGGCUUCAGAAUCAAAUCUGACUGCCUGCUGUUGUACUUUCACUGAGAAGCAGCAGCAACCGCAGCCGCAGCAGCAGCAGCAGCAGCAGCAAUGGCAGUCCGGCAGUGAGACACAUGUCACAACAGUCCGUGAGCCGAAAAAUAUUAAAGCUAAGGCCGAGAGAAGACAUUUAAACAAAAUGUCUCGGCACAGAAAUGUUCGAGGUUAUAACUACGAUGAAGACUUUGACGAUGAUGACGUGUAUGGCCAGUCUGUGGAUGAUGACUACUGUAUUUCACCAGCAACAGCAAAUCAGUUCAUCUACUCGCGUCAAGAGAGGCAAGCACCAAGGGAGGAGCCGUUAGAAGAGGAAGAAUGUGAAGAUGAUGUACCCAUGUCCCCUACCACCAGCCACAACCUAGACCCUCUUGAACAAGCCAAACUGUAUUCCUGUCUGGACCAUAUGCGGACUGUGUUAGGAGAUGCAGUGCAAGACUCAGUCCUGACCCAGGCAGCCAUAAGCUGUGGAUUCGACCCACAGAAGGCACUGGAUGCAGUCCUGUCUGAAGACGCUAAAACAGCCCCAGUUACCAAAAGCACCAACGUAGAGACGGCUUCAGCAGCAAUAGCAAGCCAGGAGAAAGCGCAGCUUCCACAAAGAACCAAGAAAGAGGCUGUCGCCGAGAAAGGAGCCCACACAGACAUUACAUCCAAUGCACACAAACCCCUGACUGAUUGUUUCAAACAAACACAACCGCAUGUGCAAGCAAGUGCUCUAAACUUGCGUGACCUCCAACCGCAAUAUAAGGAUGACCCUAUGGUUAGCAGCUCUGAAAAUCUUAAUGUUAUCAACCAAAACGGGAGUUCAGGUGUUGCCAGUCUGGCACAACUAAUGUCUGAUCAUAAGCAGAAGAGUAAGGCGACAGGAGUAGUUGAUGCAGGGCGGGGUUUUGGAGUUCCCUCAUUAGGUGCUCUCGCGUUCGGACAUAAUUCUCCUCCAUCCAUUAUGUCUAAUCAGAAGGGUCUUUCAUUGGGAACAUUGGCAUCUUUAAAAAUGACUUCAGGAUCUCAAGGCCCAGCUCCAUCCCUCCUCUCAGUUUCACUCAGUAGUAUGUCGCUAAACAACCCCAAGAUAACAACUGCAAGCUCUUCUCUGGCUGUUCCUCCUGGGUUUGGGGAUCUCAGUUCUGUCCUCUUGAGCAAUCAGCCCUCAGUGGGAGUUGUGAUUGGAGGCAAAGCCAACAAGUCUGAUCCUAGGGGAAGCCCAUCCUUGGCUGAUUUAAUCCAGGAACAUUCACACCGCAGCCCGACUGUCAGUAACUCCUUUCCUACUCCCCUGAGCUGCGUAACUUCUGCGACAUGUCAAGGGAUGGUUGCAUCAGCACAACUAUCCCUCUCUGCGCUCGCGUCACAGCACCAAAACAGAAAUAUGCUCAUUCAAUCGCAGAGCACUGAGAAACCAGCUAACACUCUCACCUUUCCUAAACCAACCAACAAUACUCCUGCAUGCCUUGGUGGGACUGUGUCAUUGCCUACGCUAGCCCUGCAACAUCAACGUUUGCUUGUUUCCCCUCAACCCUUCAGCAGUGAAUCUCCAGCAAAUGCACUGAAACACCCACCUGGCAUCUCUGAGCUGCCAUCUUUGACACAUUUGGCAUCUAAAUUCAAAGGCAAAACCUCAAACACCUCAAAUGGGUCACAGUACUCCCUCAGCUCUCUCCUUUCACCAGCAAAACCAGAGGGGGCUGGUGUGUUAGCAGAAAGUACUGCAGAUGGUGGGACCAAGCAUAAGGUCGACCACAAACCAUACCACCAAAGCGUCAGGCCACUUAAAAUGAUGCAAACUAUAGAUUUGAGUGCUCUAAUGGCCCAGUCGGAUGGAGCAAGCCCUCAUCACUUCGACGGCGACCUCCCUUCACCUUCUUCUCCAAAUUCUGUUGCCGCAGGACUGGAUCCUUCAGUUUUUGCACAACCAUCAGUAUUCGCGAUCACUUUGUCAUUUCAAGGCCACAGAAAACAGAAGAGGAUGAGUUAUAUAACGAAGGGAGGAAUAAGAGUUCAGAGGACAGGACGUGGUUACCAGGCCUUCCUGUGUGAAUCACAGGACGAAUCCAAGGAGCAGCACUCAACACUCUCGACAAUUGUACCAUUCAGCUUUGAAUCUCCUUCACCUGACGACACUGUCCGUGCUAAUCAGCGAAAAGCUUUCACCAGGUAGAGGAGAGGAAAGGAAAAGCACUUAAGUCGCCAGGUUGGUGCUAAAUUGACUCCUUUUGGGAUGAGAACCACCAACAGAACUAAACCCAACUUUUUAAUGGUGUCCCACAAUCAGCGGUGUGGCUUUAAGAAACUUUUGGGGACCAACAAUACGACGGAACUCUGACCACUGCCUAAAAGAACUCGGCUAGAAACAGUAUUACUACAGAGCUGGUGUAUUCUAAUUUUUUAAAAAGAUUCAAACAACAAGUCUUACAUUGCUACUACGUGAAGAACAAUGGUGUUUAAGCCAAGCAGGAUAAACCACUCCUUGCCAGUUUGACAUAUUUUUCAAAGAAGUAUUAGUAUUUUAAGAACUUUUAGAGUAAUUCUCUCCUGAUUUACUGUAUUUACAUUUUACUACUUUUUAAAUUUGAGUCUUAUUUUUCUACGCUUAUAUGGCAGUUGGCUUUUUUAUCAACUUUUUUUGGAAAGUAGUUUAUUCUUAGCCAGGGAAAAUGUGCAUCUCUUACUGCACGGCCUCUUUUCUAGUUUUGAUCUGCAUGAACCCUCAAAAGAGGUUCAUUUUGUUUGCAGGUGUGCUGCAGCUAUUGGAAUAUGGAUCAGUUAACCAUUGUUCUGGUUUACUUCUGCCUGUAUUUGAGAUCAUGGGGUAGACAUUUUGGUUUGGAGAACACCUGGAGAUUUUCCCAUGAGGUUGCGAGAACAAACACAUGCACGUGCAUGCAUACACAACCCCACAAAUACACACACACAGACAAGUGAACACUUUUAAUUUUUGACAUUGAAGAGAUGCGUUUACUAUGAAUGGAAGCGCUGUAAUAAGAGUGCAGUGAAUGGAAAGUGAAUGACCUAAUCGCUGAGGUGAAAGACGUUUUUCCUGCUCUAAGAACCAGCUUUUAAUAUUACCAUGUACAAAUGAGUUUAUUUGAAUCUGGGUGUGUCAUGACACUCUGCCAGAUGAUAAUUUGUCAAUUUUGAAAUAAAGAUGACUGAGUUCUGUGCUGUGAGUGCA